AGCGCAUUCCAGCGUGACUUAGCGCGCAUAGUGGCUUUAUGUGGAAGCUUGUUAGUGCUGCCAACGCACACCCUCUACCAACUACACAUUCAUCAACAUGAACCCAGAUUACGACUACUUGUUCAAGCUGCUUCUUAUUGGUGAUUCUGGUGUCGGAAAGAGUUGUUUGCUUCUGCGUUUUGCCGAUGACACUUACACCGAGUCCUACAUUUCCACAAUUGGCGUCGAUUUUAAAAUCCGUACGAUCGAACUUGAGGGAAAAACCGUGAAGCUUCAAAUUUGGGAUACCGCCGGUCAGGAGCGUUUCCGUACCAUCACUAGCUCCUAUUACCGUGGUGCUCACGGUAUUAUCAUCGUUUACGAUGUUACCGACCAAGACUCUUUCAACAAUGUGAAGCAAUGGCUUCAAGAGAUUGACCGUUUUGCUGUGGAGGGCGUCAACUGCUUGCUGGUAGGUAACAAAUGUGAUAUUACGGAUAAGAAGGUCGUCGAAUACACUGUAGCUAAGGAAUUCGCCGAUGGUUUGGGCAUUCCCUUCCUCGAGACUUCCGCUAAGGACUCGACCAAUGUUGAGCAGGCUUUCUUGACCAUGGCUCGUCAAAUUAAGGAGCGUAUGAGCAACUCUACUCUUAACACCGCCUCUUCGAAGACUACUGUGAAGGUUGGUCAGGGCACCAAUGUUUCCCAAAGCUCCAGCGGCUGCUGUUAAUCUGAUUGCGCUCUCUCUUGCGUGUCUUCAAAUAUUCCGAACGCCUUCUCUUUUUACCCGCACAUUAUACCUCCCACACUUCGCUUUUUUGUUCGUUGGAACUCAUUGCUCGGCUGGCCUAAUACUUGCAUAAGCAUACGUCCCCUUUCCAGCUCUUUGAUCUAUCAUUCGUUUUCUUUAACUCGCUGGGUGUCUUUUGUCAAACACACACAUCACUCUUUUGUACCACUGUCUCGCAAACGCCGCUCAAGAGCAAAAAUGGACCUACUCAUCUGAAUAAGGAGCACUUGUGCAAGCCUUCAAACCCAGUUGUUCUGCCGCGCUGAAACUCGCCGUUUUUUGCGGGCUUGGCUUAAUUAUUACAGGGCGUUUUAUUCGCAAAGAUCGCAAAGUCUGCUUCUCCCCCUUUCACACAUUCAGGGUAGUUCACUAUUUCCUUGCUGUGUAGGAUCAUCUAUUUGUUUGUCGUUUUGCUCUUCUUUGUGAAGAAUAUGGGUCCUCAAUUGUGCAAUUGCGUUUGUUCCAAUUAACUAGCGCCUCUUAAAACGUGUGUAUGAUUCUAAGAGCUUUAAGAGUAUUAGCAUUUCACUCUUCAAUUGACUUUACUACUCGUUUCUAUUCGUUUUGCUUUACUCUGUAGUCCAAGUUUGAUAGCAUGUGUCCUCUAAUACGAACAGAACUUGCAUCUGA